ACGUGACUGACCUCGGAUUAUGCAGACCAGGCCAUCGAAGCUCAUCUCACCGGGUAACCCCACCCACCCUCGGAUUUCUGCGGUGAGCUUGUGGUACGGGCCACACACCGUGCAACAGAGCACAUACAAAGCGAUUUCCGACCAUCUCUGAAGAGGGAAAAAAAAUUUUCUGAAGGCAUCUUUUAAUGAAAAAUUUCUGUGAAAAGUACCAAAUCCAAGCCAUAUUCAAACUUCAUUGAAGAGUCUGGUAAUUUUUCCCAUUAGCUCUAACUUUUAAGACUUUUACACAUACACAAUCAAUAAUGGCUUUCACUCCAGGUGGUAGAGGUGGCAGAGGCGGUGCCAGAGGUGGCUUCGGUGGCCGUGGUGGCCGUGGUGGUGCCAGAGGUGGUUUCGGUGGUGCUCGUGGUGGCCGUGGUGGUGCCAGAGGUGGUGCCCGUGGUGGUGCUAGAGGAGGAAGAGGUGGUGCCCGUGGUGGCCGUGGUGGUGCUCGUGGUGGUGCUAAAGGUGGUGCCAAGGUUGUCAUUGAGCCACACAGACACGCCGGUGUCUUCAUCGCCAGAGGUAAGGAGGAUUUGCUUGUGACGAAGAACAUUGCACCAGGCGAGUCCGUCUACGGUGAGAAGAGAAUCACCGUUGAGGAGCCAUCAAAGGAAGAGGGUGUCCCACCAACCAAGGUUGAAUACCGUGUUUGGAACCCUUUCAGAUCUAAGUUGGCUGCCGGUAUCAUGGGUGGUUUGGAUGAACUCUUCAUAGCCCCAGGUAAGAAAGUGUUGUAUUUGGGUGCUGCUUCUGGUACUUCCGUCUCCCACGUUUCUGAUUUAGUUGGACCAGAAGGUUUGGUGUACGCUGUCGAGUUCUCUCACAGACCAGGUAGAGAGUUGAUUGGUAUGGCAAAGAAGAGACCAAACGUCAUCCCAAUCAUUGAGGAUGCUAGACACCCACAGAAAUACAGAAUGCUUGUUGGCAUGGUUGAUGCUGUCUUUGCUGAUGUUGCCCAACCAGAUCAAGCCCGUAUCAUUGCCCUCAACUCCCACUUGUUCCUCAAAGACCAAGGUGGUGUCAUCAUCUCCAUCAAGGCCAACUGUAUCGACUCCACCGUGGAUGCUGAGACUGUCUUUGCCCGUGAGGUGCAAAAGCUUCGUGAGGAGAAGAUCAAGCCAUUGGAGCAAUUGACAUUGGAGCCAUAUGAGAGAGACCACUGUAUCGUCAUUGGUAGAUACAUGAGAAGUGGGUUAUAAGCGUGAUGCCUAAGUGUAAAGCGUUAUGAUUAGAUCGGAGUUCGAUGAGGAGAAGACGAAGACGGAAAAAGUGAGAAAGGCAUAUCAAUUCUUAGAGUCUAUUGAUUCGAGUAAUUUCUGCAUGUACAUUAUAUCGGUUUUUUUAUAGUUAAUUAGCCAAUCAAUUUUGGCAAUGAAGUUA